AUGGAAGAAUUGCCAAUAAAACUACUCAAAUUUAUCCUUCCAAUUGUAGGCCCUUUCAAUCAAGUAAUUAAACUAGCCCAAGUUUGUAAAACAUGAAAAAUUAUUAUAGAAGAGUCGGAGCAUUAUUUUUCACUACAAGGAACAGGGACUUAUAAGCUCCAGCCAGGAUGUUUUGACCCUUCAUGCGACUUAUUCCAAAUAUUUUGCAAAUUCUCAUGCAAAUUAUCACUUGCAGAAUAUAAAUUAUUAUCUUUAGAUCUUCGAAAUAUAAAUAUCACAACUAAAAGACUGUGCCUAGUGCUUAUUUCCCAGCCAAGUCUUCUGAAAUUAAACCUCGCUAAUACAAAGAUACCAUUAGAAGAGCUUUGAGAUCGAUUAAAUUAUAUAAAGCAAGCAUCAUUAUCUAAGAAUCCUCCAGAGACUAUCGAUUUGCCUCUUGAAGUGCUAAAAUUUUCAAACAACAAAAGCAGUUCAUUGGGAUAUGAGUCUUUAGUUUCACUAUUUCCGAAUUUGAAGAAGCUUUAUGCAGGGAAUACUUCAACAACAUUAGAAAAUUUUAAAGAAAUUGUAAAAAACUUAAAAAAUCUUGAAUUACUUGAUCUAACCUAUUGCCCUAAGAUUGAAAAUCUCAAUAUAGAUCAUAAUGAAUUACAAGAAAUGUUGCAUGGAUCUAAAUUGAAGAGGCUUUUUAUAAAAGAUAUCGACUCAAUAACAUCAAAAUGUUUGGAAUCUCAUGGAAUUGAUAUAAAUAGCACUAGUGUUGGGGAUAUUCUGUAUAAAAUUAAGGAAAAUGCUGAUCUCAAAAAAUUAGAAAGGUUUCUUAGUGAUGGAGGAGAUGCUGAUCUUAUGUCUGAUAGCUCUCUUUGCAUUUGAAACUAUCCACAAAUGCAAUUCAUUCAUAAGAAUCACAAAACUGAGGCUAUACUCGUGAACACUUUUAAAAUAAUGAUUCGGCAUGGUCUUGAUCUUAGUUACCAUACAACUGAAUAUAAAAACUUAACUUAACUUAACUUAACUUAAUUAUCUGGUGUUUAAGGUGUCUAGUGCCGCAGCCCAAAAAGGGCCUAUGGCAAAACUAGUGACGUAGGCGAGCCAUCUUGGAGCAGGUCAGCCCUGGCCAAGCCUUCUAUCAACUCCUGCUUCACCAGCCUUGCUACACGUCUCACCCGGCGCGAUGCCGUCGCCCGACUCAGCUCCUGCGCGUGUUCCGCCUAAGGGUCAUCCUCCCGUGGGGAUGUGCUGAGAGGUAAAAGCCCGAAAUCUUGAGAGGACUGAGGAGCAGUUCCUCUGGUAUCCCCAGAGUUAAACCGCUAUUGCUGUCCAGAAGUUCUCGAGUGAAAACCUAACCCUAUAAAUAAAAUUCCAUGAGGGAGAGAAAAUUAGCAAAGCUAAUUUCUCUCGAACCGAAUGCCAUUUUAUUUAUAUGAAUAUAAAAACAGUUUUGUAAACACUGCAAUAUUUUGUUCGCAUCUAAAAUUACUAAAAUUAUUAUUAAGCUGCGGGGCCGACACAUGGCCCAUAUCUGACUCAGAUUUUGAAUUAGAAAUUCCUUCAAUAUCUCUUGCAGCAUCAAAAGGAAACCUCUCAAUUUUAAAAUUAUUCCGUAAAAAAAAGCUUCAUCUAAAAAACCAUUUUAAUGAGCAAUUCUGCAACCCUAUUUGCAUUUCAGCUGAAAAUGACAGCAAUGAUCUUUUUAAACUUUUGCUUGAAAAUUCAUUCCCAAUUUUUCCUUGCCAUAAGCACCCUAAUAUAUUGAUAAUUUCCCAAGAUAUAUGCAAAAAUUUUGCAACUGUUGAACAUUAUAAACUUCUUAAUUCAAUUCCUAAAGAAAUUAUUCAUGAAGCUAUACAGUAUUAUAUAAUCAAGCAUAAAGAAAAAAUUGGUAUUGCACUUAUAGAAUAUUUAGGAAUUUCUUGAAUUAAAAAAGAAGAAGCAAAAAUUGUUAAAAAUAAGGAGAACUCUCUUGUGCCUGAAAUAGGAACGGAUUCUCAUAAACCGUUAAUAAUAUUAGCAGCAGAAAAUUAUUGCGUAAAAAUACUUAAAUUUUUAGUGAAAAAUGGAUGUGAUGUAGAGGCUGAAGAUAAUUUUGGAUGGACAGCUUUAAUAGCUUCAGCUGCUUCUAAUUAUGCAGAUUUGAUAGCGUACUUAUAUAAAAAUGGAGCUGAUAUAUAGCGCUUUCCCGAGGAUGGCGCGGAAUGGCGCCAUCCUCGGGAAAGCCAGGAAGGCAUCCACACGGGAGCUGGGAGUUCCACGUGUGGAUGCCAUUUUGACAUGUGGAAGUUUGGAUCCCACACGUCAAAAAUGGCAUCCACACGUGGAACUCCCAGUUCCCGUGUGGAUGCUUAGUUGACUUUCCCGAGGAUGGCGCCAUUCCGGGCCAUCCUCGGGAAAGCGCUAUAAAUAGAAGGGAUAAAGCAGGGAGAACUGCCUUACAUCAAGCUGCACAAGGUGGCCAUAAAGCGGUAGUUGAAGAAUUAAUUCGCUUAAAGGCAAUGCUGUCACCAAUUUGUGCAGAAGGCUAUUCACCUUUGGACUUAGCUCAAAUUAAUAAUAGAACCGAAGUAUGCGCAAUUUUGAAACAUUUUGGAGCUAAUGCAAGUAAACACUGCGAGCUGUUCUAA